CUUUUUUACUGGCAUCACAGGCCAUAAGGUUAGGUUUUUAUUUACGUUGUGGAAAACAAUGUGAUUUUGGCAUGUUACUCUAGUGAUUAGAAUUAGGGACGAUAUUAUUAUUUUAAUUAGCUUAAGUUAUUCAAUUAUCAUGGAUUCCAAAUACGCUUCAGUUGGCAAGGAAAAAGAAAAUAAAAAAUCUAAUGAAAAUAAUAACCUUCAUAAGGUUAAGAAAAUUAAAUUGUGUUUUGAAAAUAAUAUUAAAGCAACUAAGGAGAAUCAAAAUCUAACUGAAGAAAAUGGUGUGAAUCAGAAUAAUAUAGUGAAUAAUAAUUCGAAUGAUAUUCUUGAAGACAUUCAAGAAGUAAGAAAAUCGUUGCCUGUUUACGUUGUUAAAGGAAGACUUUUAGAAGAAAUUAAGAAACAUAAUACAAUGAUAAUCAUUGGUGAAACUGGCAGUGGCAAAACAACGCAAAUACCUCAACUUAUUUAUGAACAUCAAGUAGAGAGUAAAUCUAUUAUAGCUGUUACUCAACCUCGUAGGGUUGCUGCUAUUACUUUGGCCUUGCGAGUAGCAGCUGAAAUGAAGACAGAAAUUGGAUCUAUUGUUGGAUAUUCUGUUAGGUUUGAAGAUGUUACAAGUCCUAGAACAAAGGUGAAAUAUUUAACAGAUGGUAUGCUACUCAGGGAGGCUGUGGCUGACCCUUUGUUAAAAAGAUAUUCUACUAUUAUUUUAGAUGAAGCACAUGAGCGUACUGUUAAUACUGAUAUGCUUUUUGGUAUUGUUAAACUAGCUCAGAAAAAUAGAAGAGAACAGAAACUAAAUCCUUUAAAGGUGAUAAUUAUGUCAGCGACUAUGGAUGUUGAUGCUUUUAGAAACUUUUAUGAUAACUGUCCAGUCAUAUAUUUGGAAGGGCGGACCUAUCCAGUUACUAUUUACCAUUCUAAGAUAAGACAUGAAGAUUACCAGUAUGCUGCUGUUUGUACAAUAUUCCAGCUGCAUGCAACUACACCAGCUAAUCAUGACUUCUUGGUAUUUUUGACGGGUCAAGAAGAAAUAGAAACAGUACUGACUAAUAUAAAACAAAUUGCAAAAGAGUCCACAGGUCCUCCAAUAAAAGUUUGUCCACUAUAUGCUGGUUUACCUGCAUCAAAGCAAUUGCAAGUUUGGAAGAAAACUCCUCCUGGCAUGAGAAAAAUAGUCUUAGCAACUAAUAUAGCAGAGGCAUCUGUUACUAUUCCACAGAUAAAAUUUGUUAUAGAUACUGGUGUUGUUAAAGAAAGGACGUGGUGUACGAGCACGGGCGCGGAGCGGCUGGCGGUGCGCGCGUGUUCGCAGGCGGCGGGCUGGCAGCGCGCGGGCCGGGCGGGCCGCACGGCCGCGGGCGCCGCCUACCGACUGUACACCGCGCGGGACUUCGCGGCGCGACUUGCGCACAACGCGCCUGAGAUUGUUAGAUGUCCUUUGACGUCAUCGAUGUUGAUGUUAAUUGCAACUGGAAUGGAUCCUAGUACGUUUCCAUUAAUAGACUCGCCACCGAGGGAUUCCAUACAAGCUUCAUUACUUCUCUUAAAAGAAUUAGGUGCUAUAGACAAUGAGAACGAUCCUAAAUUGACAAUUCUAGGAAAGAAAAUGACUGCAUUUCCAAUAGAUCCCAAAUAUUCAAAAGUACUUUUAUGCGCUCCAGAGUACAAUUGUUUAGAAGAGGCACUGAGCCUGGUAGCGGUAAUGUCCAGCGAAAAUGUGUUUCACACGCCAUUACACAAAAGGGAAGAAGCUUUGAAAGUAAAACAAAAAUUUAUAUCGCCUCUAGGAGAUCAUAUCACGCUUCUGAACGUAUAUAAAGCGUUUUGCAAAGCUCCGCUAAAAAAACAAUGGUGUAAAGAAAAUUAUCUAAAUCACAAAAAUUUGUCAUAUGCUUAUGAAGUGCGAUCGCAACUCCUCUCAGUGUGCCACCGAUUAAAUUUACCUGUCACAAGCUGUGGAACAGUUCUCGAUCAGUUGUUAAAGUGCCUCUUAAGCGGGCUGUUCACGAACUGCGCGUGGGCUCGCAGCGGCGCGGGCGGCGCGGGCGGCGCGCGCUACGUGACGAGCGCGGGCGCGGCGGCGGCGCUGCACCCGGCGGGCGUGCUGCACUGCGCGCGACCGCCGCCCGCCGCCGUGCUCUACACGGAGCUGCUGCACACCAAACGGUCCUACCUCGUGACCGUCUCCGCGGUGCAGCCCCAUUGGCUGCAACAGGUGGCCCCGGAGUUCGCCCGCCGCUGUCGAUCGAACCGGUGACACUGACGUGAUAAAAUAAUAUUAAGUUACAUUUAGCGACUACGUUGUUAUGAGAGUGCUCUUCCUAUUAUGUCUCGUUAAAUUUAAUUAAAUGAUUCGAUAUUAUA